AUGUUCGUGACAUGUUUGUCCAUGGCGAGGAUGUUCGUAAGGUGACUCCAAGGCUUCUGGCAGAGGAAGAGAGUGCUAUGUGAGAGUUGCCGAUAGAUAUAGAAGAAGGAGCGGAUGGAGUGAGAGGUUUGUUUGGAAAGUGGAUGAGAAGGAUUUCUGUGUUAUCAUCAUUUAGCUUCAGUUUGUUGCAAGUUAUCCAACGCUUUACGUCAACUACGCACUCCUGCAUGCGAGAGAUUGUGGCAUCAAGUUGAUCAGGAAAGCAAGAGUCACAGAUUUGAAUGUAAUCAGCAAAGAAUUGACUGGAAACUGAGUGGUGGCUAAUGAGAGAUGAUUGAGGUUUAGUGUAGAGGAUGAAAAGGACCGGCCCAAGGACCGAUCCUUGAGGAACUCCAAUAGACAGGGCUGAAGGUUUGGAAGAGCGGUUAAUAAUAGAGAAUCUUUGAGUUCUGUCAGAAAGAUAAGAUUGAAACCAGUUUAGAGCUGAGCCAAUAAGUCUGAAAUAAAGAUGAAGACUGUCAAGAAGAAUGUGGUGGUCAAUGGUAUCAAAUGCAGCAGAGAGAUCUAACAGAGUGAGAAUAGGGAGUUUGCCACCGUCCAUCGCGCGCAGGAGGUCGCUCAUGAUUCGGACCAGUGCAGUUUCUCUGCUAUGACCAGGCCGGCAGGCGAACUUACAGGAAGGAUAGAGAUUGCGAGAGUGAAGAUAGUCAGAGAGCUGAGAGAGUAUGAGUUUUUCUAUGAUUUUUGAGAGAAAGGAGAGGUUACUGACAGGGCGGUAAUUCUUGAGUGUGUUUGGAUCAAGUGAGUGUUUCUUUAGGAGGGACAGGACUAUCGACCGUUAAAAAAUGAGAGGGAAGAUGCCAAAGAUAGUAGAAGAAUUUAUGAUGGAGGUGAGUGCUGGGAGGAGGACGUCCAGGCAUUCCAAAAUUACUUCCAAAACUUUAGCGAUUAAUCCACCCAUGAAAUAGCUAUUUUUGAAAUUAUAUCUAUAUGGAUCAUAUAGUAAAUAAAGCCAAUUAAGGGAAUCCGGCGUAAACUGAAUAUGGUAAUAUGGUUGUACUAAUGAAGAAACCUACUUAAUAUGUCACACUCGCACUGAAAUAUUGUACUUUGAAUUUGAUUCAAUUCCAUACACUCAUGCAAUACAUCCGUUUGAAAUAUAUUUAUAUAGCUCAUAUAACAACAACUAAAAAUAUUGGGUCCCCACCCCAAAACUGAUUAUUAUAAAACUUUUGUACUUAUUUACAAACCUGUGUGGGUGUACGCGCAAUAACUCAGAAUUUUUUUUUAUAUCAAUCAGAUAGAUGUUAUAGAAAUCAAAAGGAAUUAAUAUGACUCAAAAUACAAAAAAAAAAUAAUUUAGGGCCCCAGCCCCAUACGGAAUAUUGUAAAUGUGUUGAACUUAUUAAGAAAUUUGCGGGUGAAUUCACAAUAACUCACCAAAGUUUUAUCGCAGUCUGAUAAAUUGUAUUGGAACACAUACGGAAAUUAUAUUAAAAUAGCUAAUUGAGAAAAAAGAAAAAGAUUUUAGGGCUCACGCGCCCAAAAUGGAAUACUGUAAGAUGGUUGUACAAAUUAAUAAUCCUACUAAAAUAUGUCAAACGCAAAACAAAUAUCACUGUUUGUUUGAGUAAAUUCCACCCACCCGUGCAAUUGAUCUAUUGGUAAUUAUACGAACUGUUUAAAUAUACGAAAAGCAAUGUUAGAGCCCCGUCGAAAAACGGAAUAUUUUAGAAUGGUUCUAAUGUUAUAGAAACAUUUGCAGUGGGGCGCACAUUUUUUCACCAAAGUUGUAUUUCCAAUCAGAUGAAUUGUAUAGGAACGCAUACGGAAAUUAUAUUUAUGCAGCUUAUAAUUUUUUUUAAAUCUAACUUCGGGCCCCUAGCCACAAUCUGUCUAUCGUUGAAUAGUUGUACUUCUUCAGAAACCUACAUAUUACGUGAUUUACAAAUUUUAAUGUGGCCUUUUUUAUUUGAUUCAAAUUCCAUCCACAAACCCAUUAGGUUCAAUUAAUUGAAUUUAUAUUUAUAUCGCUCAAAUAAGAAAAAACGACUUUAGGGCUCCUGGCCCAAAACUUAAUAUUUUAAAAUGGUUGUAAUAAUUCAUAAACCUUUGCGAGCGUGCGCACAACAUAACAAAGUUGUAUGGCAAUCGAAUAAAAGUAUAGGAGCGAAUACGGAAAUGGAUUUAAAAAGCAUUUAAGGCCCAAAACGAAUUAUAUUAAAACAGUUGUAAUAACUAAGAAAAAUGCGCAGGCUUGCGGAAAGCAACUCAUCACAGUUUCAUAUCAAAAUCGGAUAAAUGCUAUGUGAGCGCAUAUGAGACAUAGAGAAUUCUUUGUAUAUAUAUAGAAGCGAUUUUUCUUUAAUAGAUAAAUGUAUUUAAUAAUUGUAAACCUAGACAACGAAGCUAUCAAAUUUGGCAUUUCUCGUUUCGAAACAGGUAUAAGCCUCAUAAUUUGCAUAUUCAAAACUGGUCUGAUUAAAGUUUUAUAAAUAAUUUUCUUUGUUUAACUUGUAAUGUUUUUACAUUUGACUAUUUUCUGUGAUGUUAACUACCUUUGCAAUUAUUUUUUUUUUUACAUUUUUGAUGACCUAAAUGAAAUAAUAUAAACAUAUUUACUAUCAUCUUCUUUCGUGCAUUCCUUAGUAAGCCUUCCUAGACGGCCAGAUGGCAUUUGCCUUGAGAAUUGUUUGUUCAUUUCGUCAGCCUUAUUCUAUAAUAUUUUGCUAUUUUGAGCCAGUAGUAGGACGUGGCCAAAACAAAUGGAGAAGUGACAGAAAGCAGUGAAUGAUUAGCAGUGCCAGACUUACAACUCUGUACCCGUCUAAUAUCGCGUUAAUUGCACCUGUCUUUCCAUCCACUGGAUGAUCUUGAGAACGUAUCAUUGUGGUGCAGACUGCAGAUGCCAGGAGGACACAACCUCAUAUUUAAAAACACAUCAGACUUGAACUGGCAACAAUAUACAGGGCAGAAAAUUUGAAUGUGACCGCAUGAGACUCCUAGAAGUACUGUAUAUGUACGUACGUGCGUGCAUGCGUGCGUGCGUGCUUGCGUGAGUGCGUGUGUGUUAUAAACAUCCGACUAGAUGUUGUUGUUUUUUAAUUUGGGUUAGAUUUUUGACGCACUUUUAUAAAUAAUAUUUUUAGGAUCCUUAAUAUUAAUUUUGCUUUUGUUGGUAGUUGUUUUCCUGGAAGAUCAUUAGACUGGUAAUUGAUCCACUUGCUGCAAAAUAAUUGAGCUGAAACUUGGCACAUAGACUCUUUUAAAUUUAAAGCCCAAUCCCUGUAUUUUCCUGUAUUUGAAGGGCUAGUUAUUCUAAAUAUUGUUUUCCCGCAAAAAAUCCCGAUGACGACGCUAAAUGAGGUUCUUUUGAAAGAAAUCGCAUGUUCAUUUGUUACGAAAUAUUUUACUUCGUUUUUCUGAAAUAAUUGUUACAAUAAAACUGUUUUGUAACAGCGGAAGUGUCAUUAGAAAAUCAAUAUAGUUCAAGGGCGUGAAAAAAAUGUUCGGUUGAACGCUUUGGGGGAUGUGGUGGGGGUGGGAAGCCACAAAUGGUAUUCUGAUAAAGUUAUUUAAUUGUAAGCUUGUUUUGUCAAUUUCAGCCAAACAACCUAUUAAUCGAUAAUACAUUUUAUAAAGAAUUAAUACGAAAAACUUUGUAUUUAUAUUUGGUUUAAAUUGUUAUAUCUUCUGUUUUCAAACACUUGUUUAGGUGCAAAUUGUACUUUAGUUAUCUGCAAUUUCGUUGAUUGCCAUUAAUAUUUUUAAUAAAUCUAUAUUGAUUGUAAAAUGAUCAUUGUACAUUUGUAUUAUUGAAUCGUUUAAGAAAGUAAAUAGAAGGAAGUAUUAUUUUAUGAUUUAAAACAAAAUAUGUAUUUUUCCAUUAGAGACUCUUGCUGUGUUAGAAUGUCAAGGACGACUUUCUGCUUCCUGCUGUUUCUUUUUAUGGGUAUGUAAGAUAAAAAAAAGUAUGAACUAAAAUAAUUUUUUUAAGUAAUUUUGUUAAAAUUUGUUUGCAAGGAAAUAGUUUAAGUUAAAGAAAAAAUAUUUAAUUUUUGUGUGAUGCGAUAAAAAAUGUUUGUAGGAAUUGAUUACCAGAUAUAAAACUUGUAAUAUAUAUCGUUAUGCAUUUUAUUUUAUCUUUAUCUGGUAUACUUCAUGUUAAACUUUAAAGAAGUCAAGUGAAAAUAAUCUGCUAGCAUCGUGUAGCCUUCUUGUACUGUGGAUUUUUUUUUCUUCUUUUGUGCUUGAAUCCUUGUGGGAAUGAAAGUCCAUUACUUUAUCAUUAUCAUGAUCUUAUAGAAAAUGGUAUCGGCUAGGUAGCUGAUCAAAAGAUAAUAUAUGAAAUUUGAAAUGUCAAAAAAGCUACUGAUUUAAACAACAUUUUCUCAAACUUUUCUUGAUAUAUGCUAUUGACAGAUUAUUGCUUCUGCUAUUCUGCAAUUCGAUGCAUUAUCACUAAUUUGAAAUUUCAGUGAGGUACAUAUUUAAAAGUAGAGUGUGGAAAAUUAAAACAAAACAUCCCAAAAUUGUAGAUAAAUUAUGGUGAAUUAACAUUUUUUUUUAAAAUUUGAACUAAAAUCAAGUUUCAAGUUUUGUUCUGCAUGGGGCCAAGAAAUUAUAUUCUACCUUUGAUAUGUCAAACUAAUUCUCUCAUGUUUAUGUUGAGCUAUAAAAAAACGCCCGAAAAAAUAUAAUUGUAAUAGUAUUCAAUGCUUUACAUAAUGCUCAUCUAGCACUGACAUACCGAUAACUUUAGAAAUUGUUUGAUUUUUUGUAGUUCAGCCACUGUGGGUUUCAAGGUAUAUUAUGUUUUGGCUUUUAUAGAUACCAAGCCCUCAAUAUUUAUAUAUGUAUUAUACUUGAGUGACUGAUACGGAUUGUAGGAUGAAUUACAACUUUUUGUAAACCACAGUAUAUUUCUGCAACUUGAAGUCAGUAAUAAAAACGAUGUUAUCCUAAGACAGUUGGAAUGUCCUGUGCAUGAAUUGCUUUGAAAUCUUUCUCUGGCAGGCAACAUUAUUCAUAUCAGAUCAUGGUUAUUUGUGAUGUCGCAUCAUCUUUUUAUUAUGUAGAAGACUGCUUUUUAUUGAAGUUAUGGAAUUUUUGCAGCAUCUAGGAUUUCAGAACUAAAAGUAAAAGUUAAUUGACCAGAAUUUAUGAAUGUAUUCUCUGCUCAAAACAUAACAAAACAUUGUUAAUGUUUUAAGUGUCGAAUUCUUAUGCUAUUACUAUUGAAUUUCUCAUAUGGUAUCGUCUUUUGUCAUGUACUGUUUAAAACAAGCCAUACUCUUAAAAUAUGAGCUUAAUUUCUCCCAUAGACAGCUGUGCGUAACAAAUAAUGUUGCCCGCCCGGGACAGCUAAACAAAUAUUUUUUUUUUAUUUCUUACAAGUCCCCGAUUUAACAAAUUGUGGUCAAGUCCUUGGGUAAUUAAUCAAUGUUUAGAUUUCCUAUUAGCACCAAUAACGAAAUUGGUUUCUUGUCUUGAUUUCAUUUGUAUCCAUAACUUUUCAAAUUACACCAAUAAUAAAAAGAGCGUUUGUCUGUGUAUUUUGAACCACUAUUUACUUUAAUAUAAUCAGACUAAAUUGAUUUCACGAUUCCAUUUUACCAAACCAAUAAUAGAGCUAGUUACAAUUUUUCUUUGAUUUCAAUUUCAAUAAGUAUGUUCUUUAAGUUUGAACAUUUAUAGAAACUAUUGUUAUAUUUUGCCUGUGUCAAAAUGGACUUGAUGUUGCCAACCCAUCAAUAGAUGUAUAGGACAAAGAUUCUAGAAAUGAUCUAUUUUCCAUUAUUAACGAUUUAGGAAAAAGUAUAGCUCAUUCGAAAGUAAAAAAGACCAUACGAGAUAUGAUCAUCGUCCACUUAGUAAAUAAGGAUAAGUUGUCUGAGGACGAACUUGCCUCAGUCACAGAAUCAUAUAAUCCUAGUAUGGAGCUCUAACUGAAGCUCACGCAACCGGAAGUUGAAAGAGAUAGGGCGAUUUAAUAAAUUGUGCUAGAUGCUCAGAGAGAGAAACGUCGAGAGCUUAAGCAAGUGGAGCGAGAAGCACAUAAAGAGCUACAAUAAAACUAAAAGAAAUAGAAAUAACUGCCUAUUAAGAACACAGAGACAUAAUCUCACGGCUCCUGUAAAUCAGGGUUGUGAUGCAAUUAAAUUUGCAAAUGUAAUCCCUAAAUUUGCAGAAAAGAGGUGUACCAAUAUUUUGCACAGUUAGAGAUAACUGUCCAAAAUUGUAACAUUCCUGAAAAUAUGUAGUUUACCUUACCACAGCAAGCUCUGACUGGAAGAGCAUCCGAAGUCUUUGUGUCCUUGAAGGCAGAACAGCGCGGGGACUAUAAUCUUGUAAAAUCCUUAAUACUUAAGGCUUAUGAAUGUGUCCCCGAAGCCUAACGUAAAAAGUUUAGGGAGCUGUCAAAACGUGAUAGCCAAAAUCAUGUUGGUUUCCUCCGGGAAGAGGAACGACUCCUAGAUAAGUGGCUACACGCAACGAAGAUCAACACAGACUUCAAAAAGUUCAAGAAAUCAUUUUGAUGGAGCAAUUCAAGAAUUAUGUUCGUACAGAGGUGCGAAUACAUUUUUCAGACCGUGGCGAAGGUGACGCACAUACGGCAGCAGUGUUAGCUGAUGACUUUACCAUCUCUCAUCAACUCUCAAAAAACCCAUCUGACACCAAAAAUGACAGUUACAAUAAGACAACAGCAUAAACUUACAGUGAACCUCCACAAAAAUCAUACAAGCCGGGUAUAAACGAAAUAAGUACAAAACACACAUUUGCGUACUGUAAAAAUGAAGACAUACGAAGGAUAAGUGCUGGAAACUCAAGAAGAAAACUGAGAAGACAACACAUCCUGGUAUUACACACAAACUCUCCGCUUGUACGUCUCGUCAUACAUCUGGAAACACAUUUUCUAAGUUCAACAGUUUUUGCUCUCCAGAUUACCAUACAAACUUCAGAGAGGUUUGUCGCGACUCAUCAAAGAGUUCAAAAUAAACAAUGAGACUAGUUUGACCGAUACCAGCCAAGUUCCUGCUUCGACUGAGAGUUUUAUGAGCGUGUCGCCAAGAUCAUUUUACUCCAAGAAGAGGUCUACCUCCAGAGGGCUUCUUACAGAGGAUGGGUGCACAUUUUGACGACUCUACACAUAGUUUUAGUUUGUCUACCCUAGCCGAAUGUUCUCAAGACUCCAAGUGUUUACCUACCAAGGUCCAAAAUUCUAAAUCCGACUCUACUGAAGUCAUACAACACUUCAUGCCUUUCAUAUCGGAAGGAUUUUUAUUACUGCCAGGGGAUUUUUCCGGUCAACGACCAAUCAAAAAUCUUAGUAGAUACAGAUAUUUCACAGUCUUUGCUACUUGUUUGGUAUACUUUCCUUGUGUGAAUCUACUGCUACUGGUAGCAACAUCCUGCUACGAGGUGUAGAGCUGGGAGUCAUUGAUGUACCUUUUACAUCAUAUCAAUCUAAAAUCAGACCUAGUCUCAGGACCCGUGGUUGUGGUUGUACGACCAAUAAUACAAUUGGAUGGCAUCUCGUUGCUGCUAGCCAAUGACUUAGCUGGUGUGAAGGUGAUAGCCGAACCGAUCGUAACUGAAUCUCAAGAGGAAGAUCCAGAAUUAUAUCCAGCAUGUGCUGUUACAAGGGACAUGAGUUCCAAGAUUGUAAAAAAAAGAAUUUCUUCAAAAAGUAAGAAUGUAAAUAUUGACAUUGAUAUCGGAACAAAAUUUUUUGCCAUUUUUAAAGAAGAGUCAAACAAUAACAAGACUUCAACUCGAAUUCAACUUAUUAAAGAGGAGAAGAGUGAUCCAGACAUAUUUAAACUUAUAGAAAACGCUUUUACUCAAGAAGAAACUUAACAAUUACAUGUAUGUUAUCACAUAAAAGAUGAAAUACUUAUGAGAAAAUGGUGACAUCCAGGCGCAAAAGUUUACGAAGAAUAGAGGAUAGUUAAUCAGAUAGUAGUUCCUAAAACGGCACUAAAGGGGCUCAAGAAAAUAUGGAAUGACAAAAAUGUAGCCCCCAGCAUCAAAAUCAGGCUGAUGCGCUCAUUAGUCCCCUCCAUUUUCCAGUAUGCCUGCGAAUCCUGGACAUUAACAGCCGAUCUUGAAAAAAAAAAGGCAAUGGAGAUGAGAAGCUUCAGAGGCAUAUUUGGCAUGUGCUAUAGGGACCAUAUCUCCAAUGAUACAGUGAAAGAAAGGGUUCGCCAGUCAAUCUGGGAGUACGAUGACCUACUGGUGACUGUGAAAAAACGCAAACUAAAAUGGUACGGCAACGUAACAAGGAAACAAGGGCUUGCCAAAGAAAUAUUACAGGGCACCACAAGAGGAGGGAGAAGAAGAGGAAGACAAAGAAAAUUAUGUGAGGAUAACAAAGAUUAGAUAGGACUAACACUGGGUGAUGCUGUGCGUUGUGCUGGAGACAGAGAUGAAUGGAGGAGGAUAGUUCGCAAGUCUUCUGUGGCGCCCCAACAGUCCAAGUACUAAGGGACAUAAUGGUGAUGAUGAGUUCCUACACCAUUCCGAAACGAAGUCCUGAACUUAGCCCAUAAUUCAUCAUUUUCAGGCCAUUUGGGACUAAACAAGAUAGAUCACAAAAUCACUUUGCCCUCCUUUUGGCCCAAAAUCAAAAAAAUGUUUGCAUCAAUAAGGUUCUUAGAAGCUAUUCAUUUUCGAAAUAUCAAGACUCCGAAAAUCGUCAAAGCCUUUGACGAAUUUUUUACUUUGUUUGGUCUUCCGCAAUCUGCACACUCUGACCAAGAACCAAAUUUAAGGCUGGACUAUUCAAACAAGUGAUGAAUCAACAGGGUAUAGAUCAAUGCUUGUCGACUGCAUAUCAUACUGUGUCACAGCGAGCACUUGAGCGAUUCCAUUAGACAUUAAAGAAAAUGAUGGGAACGCUCUGCCUAGAACAAGAGAAAUACUGGGAUGAAGGAAUCACCAUGCUACUGUUUGCGCAAAUGAAGCAGUUCAAAAAUCACUUGGAUUCAGCCCCUUCAAAAUGAUGUUUGGCCAUACGUUUCGCGGACCACUUAAACUAUUAAAAGGUACGUGGAUGUUAUCGACCCACACUUAUGGACUUUUGUAAUAUUUCUUGAAAUUUAAAUCUAAACUUUUAAUGCCGUUAUUUUGGCUAAAUAUCAUUUAAAAGUGUAUCAAUCUAAAAUUAAAUUUUGCAACAACAAAAAGUCAAAAUUCAGACAGUUUCCCUUCAGGGGACAAAGGUCUUGUACUUUUUCCAAAACCAAGGAAAGCACUACAAGUUAUAUAUAUUAGUCCGUUUGUAGUCGAGACCAAACUUAAUUAUUUAAAUUACAUUGUGUUAACACCAGUUCGAAAAAGAAAAAAAUGUUAUGUCACAUUAAUAUGCUAAAAGAAUAUGUUGAAGUAAAAUGUUAUCAUUGUCCAUCCACAGAACCUAAUAAUAACAUAAUCUCAACUGUAAAAGCAGUACUUUAAAAAAAUGUUACUGAAACCUUUUAUAGUGUCCUAGAAAAAAUGUUCGUAAUGGGAGUCGCUUAGUCGAUUGAUUUGUCACGUGAUGAGAGUAAAAACAAGUAAGACUUCCGGUAGGCUGUAUACAACACACUAGUGCUUGUCAACAGUAACCCGAUACACACUAGAACUACACUACAUUUCGUCCAAUGAAAAUUAAAAAUAAAAUAAACAAAGGGGAAUGACUCUUGCAUCAAUAAUGAAUAAAAACGCAAAUGACGUCAUGAGCACGCACGGAGCUCAACAACAUCCUGCCGAUAAUAGUAUUGAUAGUUCCCAUCGAAUAUCGCUCACAAAUUGUUUUUGAAAUAACUUUCUUCCUUUAAUCAUAACUGACGUAUAUUUAUUGUCACAUUUAUGUAUUUCAUUUAAAAAACGCAUGUAUUCCAGAAUAUUUCGAAAGGUAAAAUUUUUAAGUAACAUGACAUUGGGGAAGCACUGAUGAUGUAUCUUUUGUUGUGUGUAGCAGCCUACUGAUGGCUUACUCACAUCACGUGACCAAACAAGGAAGUGACUAAGCGACUCCCAUUACAAACUUAAAAAUUCAGAAAUUCUGGCCAACUUAUAUAAGAAACUAGGACAUUGGUCAUUGUCAGAGAAGGAUGUUGUUAAGUCUGUCAUUGCAGAUUUUGCUUUACAUUUUCCUGACGUACCUAAUAAAACCAACAUUGAUGUACAUGAUGUUGAGAUUGGUAAUGCAUUUCCAUUUUCAAGCAAAACCGCUAUAGGGUCAAUCCGAAAAAAAAUUGAAUUAGUACGGUCUGAAAAAAAAUGCAAGCCUGCAAAUUAUAUUGAACCAAGCUCUAGUAACUGUAGUUCACCAUGUAUUUUAGUCCUAAAGCCUGACAGGUUUUGCAAUGACUUCAGAAAAGUGAAUUCAUUUAAAAAGUCUGAUUCCUUUCUGAUUCCAAGGAUAGAUAAUCUUAUAGAUCGAAUAGGUGAUGCAAAUAUGUGACCAAGAUAGACCUGCUAUCAGGCUAUUGGCAGGUUCUUCUAUCUGACAGAGCAAAAGAAAUCUCUGCUUUCUGUACUCCAGAUGGUUUAUACCAAUAUAUAGUAAUGCCGUUUGGAAUGAAAAAUGCCCAAGGUACAUUCAAACGUCUAGUAAAAAACAGUAUUACUGACCAGGCAAUUGCUGCUCCUAUAUUGAUUUUGUAAUUAUUAACGGUCAAGAUUACAAUAUAUUUAAUAAAUGUCCGGCAUCUUAUAUUAAUUCUGUCAUUCUUGCAAAAAAAUUAAUUCUUCAUCACUAAAAAUACAAUGCUAAAAGAUUAUUGUAUAUAACACCAUUUUUUUUUUGCCAUCUAAAAAUCCACAACCCUUGCCAUCAUACAAUCUAUGAGUUGACGUACUUGUGUAAUGAAUCUAUCCAACCGCAAAAUUUCUCUAUUAUAUUCCAUUGGCCAUCCUUGCUGAAUGAGUUUAAUGUUUUUUUAAAUAAAUUUAAAUGACGAAUGGGUCAAUGUUUUGCUUUUGGAAUUUUACUCAAAGGUGGCGUAAAGCUAUAACAAUGAAAGAUGUGCCACUGUCUGAGCCUUUUUCAGGAAAAAGUCCAUGUUCGCGGUGUAGCUAUAAGCACUUAAGUUAGACACUGGAUAUUCCAAGCUAUAAACAAAAAAUAAAUACCUUGGUAUGUUGGUAUAUUAUUUUUGCAUCAUUGUAUUAUUUAUGGAUAUUAAAACAGUUUGAUAUUGACACAAAUAGCUUCUUCAGUUUUCUUUUCUUGACGGAACCCCAUUUUGUAUAGACGUUGUUGGUGUUUGCUUCUUGCAAAGGGGCCUUACUUAUAGAAAGCUGCAGCAUUGUCUUCAUAUUCUAAUGAACUAUAUUUUUUAGCGCUACGUUAUUUUCACAAGUACCAAUGACACGAUUUUUAACUGCGCUGUUGAAUAUUCCAUAGAAUAUUUGAACUUUAAAAAAGAAACAAUGAAAAAACGCAUGUUAGCAAGGUCAGUUUGCAUUAGCUGUUGAUGGUGUUCAGAGAUGAGGACAAAUAUGAUCGUUGAAAAUGGAAAAAUUAGUAUCAAAUCUUAUAUUAUCAAAUAUUGUCAUAUCCUUUUCAUGUCCAUCGUAAAUAUUUUCAAUCGUUAUUACAAAUUCGUGAUUGCAAAUUCACAGCGUCUUCUGGUGGCUAAUAUGUUUAAUAACCAUGCACAUUUAUAAAUGUUUUUCUCUCAUUGAUGCUGAGUUCGAAUGUUCGAGCUUAUAUUUUUGAGGUAAAUGUGGAACAACUGUAUCGCUGCUGUGCGAGAUUCAUAUGGUAUUGCUGUCAGGGUGCUUUGUUUCUUCCUAAUGCUUAAUUUCAUCAAGAUUAUGUUUGCAAUGGUAUUUCUUUUUAAAAUGAAGUAAAGGAGAUACAAAUGAUGAAAUACGUUUUCAUCAAAUGAGUCAACUAUAUUAUGGUACCCUUAAGACAUAAACAUCACAAAGUAAAAUAAAAAAAGAAAAAUUAAAUAUUCUCAGAAUUAAAACUGUUUAAAUCUUUUAAUGCAAAUCAGGGGUGUUUUUAAUUUUCAUUUUAAAUACUUAUCGAAUCCCACAAUAUUUUUUAAUUAAAAUUUAUAAUUUUAGGAUGUUACUUUUUUCAGGCCUAUCCUUUGCUGAUUGGGCUUCAGAAGGCGAUCAACAUUUAUUCUUGUGUGUUGGAAAUGUACAGAGGGAAAUCCCGAUUCUUUGGAAGUUAAGACGAAGCAAUGGAGCUGAAACAAAAUUAAUGUUUUGUACUUCUGAAUCGUGUGAUCCAGAAACUGAUGGAAUACCUUACGAAGCAAACAUAACAAGGAAUGGUGAAAUCUUUCACAGUUUGUUGUUAAUUAAAAAUGUGACACUAAAUCUACAUAAAUCACAGUGGAUAUGUUUCGUUGAUUCUAAUACCGGUUCGUCGUACGUUACAAACAUAAAUACAACUUUUAAUCUUUUUGUUUUUGGUAAGUACAAUUUUGUUUUAAGUUAA